AUGGGGGUCACGUUGCAGGAGGAAAACAAGGAGAUCCGGCGCAUGAAAGAGAUCAACCACGAGUUCUUCGAGGUGUCGCCCAACGGACUCCCGAGUGACAUCGCUUCCUGGUUGGCAAUACUUUAUCGCAAGCAGGAGCAGAAGGCCGAAGCCCUUAUGUGCGAGUUUCGAGAUAUCGUUCACAGCCGCCUGUUUACCAAGGCACAGCAAUCUUACGUCCCAGGCAAGACGGGAAACUUCACGCAUGCCAUGCUAGCUGCUCAGGAAGAAUCUCUCCGCGAAAAAAAAGGCUAUGCUGAGUACCUCACCAAAGGCAACAUGAUCCAGAUCAUCUUGAAUCUUGUUACGGGACACCGGUUCGGCAAUAGCAGCAAGUGCAUCAAUGUCACCACUAUCAGCAGCUACUCGAACUCUGGAUACGGAAUGUGCCGGGAGGACGACAUCUUCAAGGACGGCGAGGCGUACAACAGGCUAAGCGAUUGCUUGCAGCUGCAUGAGGAAAAAAAUGACAUUGAACGCCUGGAAAACAUCAACCACCGGUUCUACGAAAUCUCACCCAACGGCCUGCCCAGCGACAUCGCUCCCAUUCUGGCCAUUCUCUAUCUCAAGAGAGAGAAAAAGAUGGCAGCCGUUUUCCGCGAACUCGGAGAGAUUCUUCACAGGCUGUUCUCGAAAGCCGAGGCGACCUACAUCCCAGGUAACAUCGAGAACUUUACGCACGCCAUGUUGGCCGCCCGAGAGGAAGCAAUCAAGGAAGACAAAGCUGACGCGCCGUACUUGACCAAAGCCAGUAUGAUUCUCGCUACAGUGAACCUUUUCAACGCUGGAUCCAACACAUCGACGGGCACACUUCAGUGGCUGCUGCUACGGACAGCAAAAGAACAACGCCUUCAAGAGAGGAUUAAAAAAGAAAUAGAAGACAACAUCGGGAGCGUGCCACCCGUGUACGGAGACCGUGAGAAGCUUCCAUUCACUGUGGCUUGCCUGCUAGAGACGCUGAGGAUGCACCCGGCGACGCCUCUCGGAAUACCACAUAACACAACCACGGAUACUCGAGUCGGCAAGUGGAACAUACCCAAGGACACGGGCAUGAUGUACAACAUCCACGCGGUGCACCAUGACCCGAAGAACUGGGAAAACCCCGAGGAGUUCCGUCCCGAGCGGUUCCUCGAUCCCGUGACGGGGAAAGUAUGCACUGACGUCGGUCCUCUGAUCACCUUCGGCCAGGGAGCCCGCAGCUGCCCAGGAGAGAAGCUGGCUCAGAUGGACAUGUUCUACAUUUUUGUACGACUCAUGCAAAGGGUCACAGUCAGUGUGCCUAGCGGGUCCUCAGACGUAAACUGGAACGGAAAGGGUUCCAGCUUGUUUUUGCACCCUGCUCGGCAAAAUAUUGUAUACACGAGAAUAAGCUAAAUGUGCUGCGUACUACACGAAACCCGUUGUAUACUGUAGCCGCCUGGGAACCUGUAAGAAUAGCCAACCUUUUGAAUGUCGUGGUUCCCCCAAUACGAAAGGUGUGGUCACCGACAAAGAAAUUGAACUGUUGAUGAACACGUGUUAAAUGCGCGCGGAUGCAUGCGCGUACCAGUAGAGCCAUAAA